UCCUGGCGUUACCUAUGGCUGCCUGGCAUCUGCCUCUGCCUGAACAAUGACAAUGAACAUUGACAACAACAACCCUCCACUUGACAUUCAACCUCAAAGACGACUCUGAUUGAAUUGAUAACCCCUCUAUCGCCAAGAUAUUGCACGUCUGCUCUCACCGUCUGCAAAUCCUUUCAACCUUGCUCCAACUCUACGAAUGUCAACCUAACAGCAGCCCAAACCAAAGCACUCUAGCCCCAUCACCAAAACGCGCUAAGCCAAGCUCUCAAGUUCGACGCGUCCACCUCCACCGCAACUUAGCCAAAAGUCACCAAAAACAACAACACCCCACUGCCACCUACGUCCUAUGAAACUUAAUCCUUGAAUGUGUUAAGCUUGGACCACAACGACUUCACCUCAUCCACCACACAACCCUCUCGUCCACCACACCACACCACACCAAACACCCACUACACGCACCCCCCCAAAAUGGCGACGUCCACAAACCCCCCCCUCGCCCCCCGCUACCCUCUCUCCCGGCCCCCACCCCCGGCCCCCACCCAACAACAACCGCUCAACAAAACCGCGCAACGCCACGACUCCGACCGCCUCGAAGCCUCCCGAAAGUCCCGCACAGAACAAGCACGCCUCGACGCGGCCGCACAAAACAGCCUCGCACAGCUCUCCGAGGAACAACGCGAAGAAAUCAGCGAAGCAUUCAACCUCUUCGACCUCGAUAAAGACACCUACAUCGACUACCACGAGCUGAAAGUCGCGAUGAAAGCGCUGGGUUUCGAUUUGCCGAAGGCGGAGAUAUUGGGGAUACUGCAGGGGUAUGGGGUUGCUGCACCGGGGAACGCGGCGCCGGGGGGAAAUGCAGCGCAGCCUAGACUAUUGCUCAGUUUCCAGGCUUUCCAGACGUUGAUGGCGCAGCGCAUUUUGUCGCGCGAUCCGCAGGAGGAGAUUUUAAGAGCGUUUGAGCUGUUUGAUGAGGGGGGGAAGGGACGCAUUACGCUGCAGGAUCUUACGCGUGUGGCGCGGGAACUGGGCGAGGGGCUGAGUCAUGAUGAGCUUGUUGCGAUGAUUGAGGAGUUUGAUAUGGAUGGGGAUAAUGCGAUUAGUCGCGAGGAGUUUGUGGGUAUCUGUUUGGGAUGAAGUGUUGGAUGGAGGGCGUUUUUUUGUUUAUGGCGGAGGGGUGAGAUAUACCAGGGUAGUUCAAUGAUAUGAAUCAGUCAAUCAUUCAG